AUAAGAUACACAAAGAUAAGAUAUAUAAAUAAAUGUUUACCUCCUAACAUACAAAUUGCUGUGGCUUUGUCUAGAAACCUAUUAUUUAUUUUUGCCCAUGUCCGUGAGGGUAUGCACGAAACUUCUAGGUAACGACGGCGGCGUUUAAACAAAAAAAAAAUAUGAUUGACGUUAUACAGUUCCACAUAUAAGUAUCUGCGUAUUUAUUAAAUAUGUAUACAGUGUAGCAUGAAAUUAAAUAAAACACGACAAUAUGUGAUUAUUUUAUCAAGUGAUUACCUACAAAAGAUGGACACAAUUGGUUAAUUUCAUAAAUAAGUGAUAAAGUGGUUUUAGUGCAGAGACUUGAGGCCAAGGGCGCGGACGUUAUAAAAAUGUUCUGGUAUUUAAUUGUGACGGCGGGGUUUUUGUGUGUGUUGCACUUAAUAUGUAAUUACAAUGACAGAGCGAGGAAGAUUAGAAAAAUGCCGGGUCCAAAGGACUCUUUUAUAUUAGGAAAUGGACCAGCUGUUAUGCGCUCCUCAGUGGGUCUCAUGGACUUGGCGAGAGAAUUGGCCAAUACUAAUUCUGGAAUAUACAGACUCUGGAUCCCGCCAUUUGGUGCCGUCAAUAUUUAUAAUGCUAAUGACGUUGAGAAAAUAGUUUCAAGCAUGAAGUUCAACGAGAAAAGUCAAGUUUACAGGGUCUUGAGGCCCUGGCUAAGAGAUGGACUACUUGUGAGCAAAGGUUCAAAGUGGCAGGAGAGAAGAAAAAUCCUGACACCCACUUUCCAUUUCAAUAUUUUGCGUCAGUUCUGUCAUGUUUUGGAAGAAAAUUCGCAGCGCUUUGUAGCGAAUCUCAAGAAGGUCGCUGGUCGACCGAUAGAUGUAGCUCCCAUCAUCUCGGAAUUUACACUAAGUUCUAUUUGUGAAACUGCAAUGGGUACCCGGUUGAGUGAUUUGGGUACAUCAGAGAUGAACGCCUACAAAGAUGCGAUAUACAAUUUGGGAUACAUAUUUUACCAAAGAUUUAUUAAAGUAUUCUAUUUCGUGGACUUCAUAUUCAACCUGUCGCCACUUAGUAGGAAGCAGGAAGGGUAUUUAAAGACAGUGCAUGGAUUCACGAAGAAGGUUAUACAAGAAAGGACGGAAUACAUUGAAAAGUUCGGUGUACCAGAACAGGACGCGACAGAAGAUGACUACGUAUACAAGAGGAAGAAGAAGACAGCCAUGUUGGAUUUAUUAAUUACUGCUAAAAAAGAAGGAUUAAUUGACGAUAUUGGAGUGCAAGAAGAAGUUGACACGUUUAUGUUCGAAGGUCACGAUACUACAGCGAGUGGAUUAACUUUUUGCUUCAUGCUGUUAGCACAUCAUAAAGACACACAGGAUAAAAUCGUAGAGGAAUUGAAAGAAGUCUUAGGAGAUUUUAAACGUCCAAUCACAAUUGAAGAUCUGCCGAAGAUGAAGUAUUUGGAGCGUUGCGUUAAGGAAUCUUUGCGGUUGUACCCACCCGUGCAUUUCAUUAGUAGGAGUUUGAACGAGGAUGUGAUAUUGAGUGACUACUUAGUACCAGCCGGAACAUUUUGCCACAUACAUAUCUAUGACUUGCAUCGCCAGCCGGAUCUGUUCCCCAACCCAAACAAGUUCGACCCUGACAGGUUCCUGCCUGAGAACAGUGUCGGAAGACAUCCCUACGCUUACAUCCCCUUCAGUGCGGGGCCCAGGAAUUGUAUAGGUCAAAAAUUCGCCAUGAUGGAAAUGAAGAUGGCUGUGGCAGAAGUGUUACGAGAGUUUGUGCUGGAGCCAGUCACUCACCCUGACGACAUUCGGAUCAUUACUGACGUUGUACUAAGGAACGACGGGCCUGUCGAAGUCACCUUUGUAAAACGACCGUAAUUUCAUGUCGCUGAUAACUGUUCUAUCGUAUUCUAUGAUUAGUUGAAUUGACUUAUGAUAUUAUUAUUAUAAUGAAAUGUGUGAGAAUGAUUAAAUUGACAUGUUUAUGAA